UCAUACGGCGUCCAAAUGGUGAUUUGUCCUGUGGAAGACAACACACACACACACACACACCUCCAACCUGAGCAUCAACAUGACAUCAUCCUGAGGAACCCUCCACUUGGUAUGCACCUAUGAGGAGAAAGGAGAUGGUUACAUUUAGGGCCCAAAAUAAAUGAAGAAUGACCUCCGAAGAUGAGGUGCACAAAUUGUUGGAAGACUUUGAAACAUCCUCCCAGCUAACUUGGAGGAAGUUAGAAGUGAUCCAAACUCUGGAUGUCAGGACACCUUCAGGGCACAAGCGAGGGACUUUGCAGCGACCAAUCAAAUGAGCUGUGGGGGGCGUGGUCAUCCUGCUCUGCACUAGGGUUUCUCAACUCGAGCAUCUAUAAAAGUGCAUGGAUGGAGACUGAUGGCGGAAGUGAGGCGAGCGGCCGAGUGGGCGGGGCGUCCUGAUCUGCACCUGGAAGAAGAUCAUUUCCACGGAAACACAGCAGGUUGUUUGCACCGCAGGCGACCGCAGAUCGUCGUCACCUCAGCACAACCCGUGGACGCCGACAGCCGCUUCUCAGCGUCGUCUGACGUCUUUCCUUGGUCCUCUCCGGCCAGCUGGUCUGCGGGCAUCCAGGUCCAUGCCAAGCCCCCGCCGUCCUUCAAGCAGGUGUUCAAAGAGAAGACCAGAGAGAAUGAUGUCGUCCAGCCCAAGGCAGCCCCCCGCCGCACCACCCAGACCCACCCUGUGAGGGGUAAAAAACCCCAAAAACCACCAAGACCAUCCUUGCCCAGACCGGUGGUUAGAGAACAAUCUGGUCCACGAGAGUCAGAAGAGAAAUGUUGUGAUCGGUGGUCCAGAUCUGUCACUGUGCACUGGAGCUCUCCUACAACACCAACACCUUCUCCUCCAGACUUGAGACCAACCCCAGUCCCACUCCCCCGCAUUAAGUCCAAAAGACAGCCAGCCACAGAAGUUAAAAUCCAGACUUUAGUCCAACUCGAUGACGUGGACAGUGAAGUGGCCUCGGGUGCUGAUGCUGAGUCUUCAAGUAAAUAUUUGAAGGAGCUACUGGAGGUCUUUGGUGAGGAGAACCCAGAUGUUCAAUCAGUUGAGGAAGCGGCUGAUGGCGAGAUGAAUGGAAACCACAAUCAACGAAAUAUGCAAGCUAGAAUCCAAGCCUUUGAGAGCCAGACCGGCCCAGAGGAUGGAAAUGUAGCAGAACCUACCAAACCUCAGCCUCUUCCCAGAAAGACCCCCAAGUCGCCGGUGUCUUCUAAACCUCCCGUGGCUGUCAGGUCGCAGUUCAACCACAGCUUGGACCAGGAUGUUCAAAAUGUAGCUAGAGAACCCCCCAGUCCGUCGACGGAAUUCAAGCCUCGGCUGCCCCAGAAACCGGCCACGGGCAAGCCUGUGCAUGCCGACUUAGAGACUUUGCUGGCGAAGGGUGGUCCCCCUUACGGGUCACGUCCGUUGUUGACCAAAGACUACAGCAUCCACGAGGAGGAGCAUCCUAUACCGGUUCCUGUUCUUCCACCGAGGAGUCCUGUCAAGUCACCCAAAGAACCACUGAAGGUCAACCUCAACAUCAACAACCACAACUCAACCUCCAACUAUAGCGAGAUGGACUAUGUGGAAAGUCCAAGUUCAAGUCCUGCUCCUGGCAACCUGCACCGUGCAGAGUCUGUAUCCAGACCAGGUGUGGCCAGAAGACCCACCACCAUCAGGGUGCCCUCUCUGACAGAGAGCCUGCAGGGUAACGCUCCUCCACUUCCUGCCCAGAGGCCCGUAGGCUCCCUAACUUCCCCAAGCGUCCCCAAACAGAAGUCCUUACCCAGCAUGCCUGUGCAGGCAUCUUUCACCGACAAGUACGCCGCGUCGCCGCCAACUCGGGCGCAAAGUCUACGAAAAACCCCGCCGCCGCGCCCACCUCCGGCCAAACCCGGACCAGGACGACCCCCGCCGCCUAAGACCCAAACGCAAAAACCCUCCAGGCGAAUACCCAUGCUGCCCCCGAGACCCACCCCGGGCCAGCGUCUCUACAACAAGUACACGCUUCAACUGCCUCAUGGGAUCGCCGCCUCGGAUUUCGGCGGCGACGCCGCAGGAGAACUGUCCUUCCAGAAAAACCAAGUUGUGCUCCUGCUGGACGAGGUCAACCAGGACACGUUCCAGUGCCAAGUGGGAAACGCCCGAGGUCACGUCCACAAGUCUCGCCUGCAAGUCAUCACGCCGCUGCACGCCGACUUCCACGUGACGCCGUCGCAGGCUUCAAAUGUGCUGAAGGUUCAAGCCCUGCAUGACUUCACGCCAGAGGGUGAAGGAGAGCUGGCUCUGCAGGCAGGAGACAUCAUCAGCAGGGUGGAGAAGGUGGACAGUGAAUGGUACAGAGGCUGCCUGCACAACUCCACUGGAUUCUUCCCUGUCAGCUUCGUACAAGUACUGUCGGAGGCCUCGUCUGAAAGGAAACCAGAAGUAAAAGUCAGUGGUCCAAGAUGCGUGGCCAGGUUUGACUUUGAGGGCGGGAGCAGCGAGGAGUUGACCUUCUCAGAGGGCGACGUGAUCCAGCUGAAGGAGUACUUGGACCAGGAGUGGGCCAGAGGACAGAUGGGCGGCCAUACUGGAAUAUUCCCUCUCAACUUUGUCCAAGUCCUGGAACAUCUCCCACAGCAGCACCGAGUCCUGGAACAUCUCCCACAGCAGACUACAAGGAUAGCACUUCCUGGCAUGGCGGAUCCUCCCCGAGCAGAAGCGGUCCAACCGGCUCAGGUAGCCAACUUUGACAUCAGCCAGGAGUGGAGCAGCGGGCGACACAAUGGCAGAGAAGGCAUCUUUCCCACAGCGUUUAUGGAGAGAAUAAAGACGGGGUUCCUGGGUGAGCAGUCUGAAGGUGACGGUGGCGUGCAGGGCAAGGCCAUGUAUGACUUCACCGCCGACUGUGAUGAGGAGCUGUCCAUGCAGGUUGGAGAUGUGAUAGACAACCUGGAGGUCCUUGAUGAUGACUGGUUCCUGGGUGACUUGAGGGGGAGACGGGCCUUGGUACCCAGAACUUACGUUCAAGUUAUCUGAGAGCUCUUAAUGACGUGCGGUAUUUGAAUACUAACCUUAGUCUUUGUAUUUGUGAGCAAUAGAUGUAUAAUAAAAUGGUAAAACAGCACCAUCU